AUGAGUGACUUUGAACUCGUCUCCUCCGACGAUGAUCAGGUGAGCGUGGGUGGUGGGAGCAGGUCCGUGGAGGUUCCUCCCUUUGGCAACUUGCGGCCGUUUUUCAAGGGACGCUUGUUCUGGUCUCCACAGGCGUCGCAUUGGAUUUUGGCACUAAUGGCUCUCGCUACAGGCACAGCAGUGUUUGUGUUGCUCUGGGGUUCCAUACGCUUCACCGAUCCAAAUCUACUUCACAGUCAGUUGAUGACGCAGCUCCCUGAUAUUGUCGUCCUUCUGUUGGCGCUAAUCUGCAGCGUCUUCCUCCUGCUCACGUCACUGACGAACCCCGGCAUUGUUCCCAAGGGCAGCGCCUUGUCCUCCUUCUCCAGCAGUCCUGUGAGUGAGUACUGCAGCACCCUUCAAUUUUGCAUGAUGUGUCAGAUCCACCGUCCUUCGCUGGCAGGGCACUGUCGACGCUGCAACAACUGCGUUGCACAGUUCGACCACCACUGUCGCAUGCUGGGCUGCUGCAUAGGCGAGCUGAACCGCCGAUACUUCCUUCUCUUCCUCUGUGCGAUAACGGGGUAUAAUGUAGCCAUUUCACUGUUCCUCAUUUAUUUUCUGGCGGCCGUGACGCCGAGUGAAAGUACACUGCGGUACGUGUUGUUCUCUUUCACAUUAGCGGUGACGCUCGUGCUCUGCAUGAUUUUUGCGGGCUACCUCGCGCACAAUCUGCGCCUGAUACGCAUGGGUCUUCUUCAUCGUGAGUUUAUGAAGGGUGUUCCCGCGCGCACACGCGGACGUGGGAGUUUCUUCACGAACCUCUUUCAGGUGCUUUUCCCAAAGAGAGACAGCAGCGACUGA